CAGUGAGUGGUAAAGGCAAAGCUCCACUACGGAAAAGAUGUAGUGCCAGUCGGGUGAAACUUUUUCUUUCUGAGGAGAGCAGCUGUGAAAAGGGCUGUCAAGUCACCAGUGAGCAGAUUAAAGCAGAUAUGAAAGCAGCCAGUGAUGUGACCACAGAAAAAAAUAAAAACAAAGAUUGUAACUCAAGCUGUAGUGGGGACACUGGACCUCCAGGAAGCUCGUCCUCUGCUGCUUCUCAAAGCCUGGAAGAUGUCAGGAAAGUAGAUAGCUCUACUGAAUCCCUUUCUGUAGCUGCAGAGGAUUCUGAGAAAUGUCUCUGUAGGAAUGAAGAUUCCAGUGAACGGGAUGAUGAAGAUAAUUCUUUAUGCUCCAGGUGUUCCUGCUAUGUGCCUCAGAGCCAGCAAAAGAGAACUAAUGGUGCUUCUGAUGAUGAAUGUCCAUCUACCAGUGGAGCCUCUGGUACAAAUGGGCCAUCUGUGGGAGGAGCAGAACUUUCUCUGAGAACAUUAGCAAACUCUGAUUCCUCAGGGGAAGGCAGCAAUGAGAGGACUAAUGAGGGUGUCUGUGGGACUGCUAAUGAGGAGGGCAGUAGUGUACAACAAGCACCGUUUGAAGUGGAAUACAAUGAAGAUUAUCCUCGUAGGCCUAGAGCUUAUUAAAUAUGAAUUCUUUCCUGAAGCCACACGAACAGAAGACGAUCUAAAAAAAUAUACAAGAUAUCCUUGGGGAAGAGAUAUUUACACUCUAGAAGGUGUUGUGGAUGGAGCUCCCUAUUCAAUGAUAACCGAUUUUCCAUGGUUGAGGUCCCUGAGGACAGCUGAUCCUAAUGGCUAUGCAAGAUAUGAUUUUGAAGAUGAUGAAAGGACUACUAUUUAUGCUCCCCGGAGAAAAGGACAACUGUCAGCAGAUAUCUGCAUGGAAACGAUAGGUGAAGAGAUCUCUGAACUCCGUCAGAUGAAGAAAGGGGUAUUCCAGAGGGUAGUUGCUAUCUUCAUCCAUUACUGUGAUGUUAAUGGAGAGCCAGUAGAGGACGAUUACAUCUGAAUGCAUCCAGCUGCAAGCUCUCUCGGGCUUUCCUGUGUUUUGACUGGUAUUGCCAGCACAGAAACCAGAUGGAUUUCACCCACUGCUAUAGUGCACUGAGAAAUCUUUGAAUGUGUGCGGUUCACCAUUACCCAUCUAUUGGAACACUAGUAAAUGUAUCAGGAGAAGUUGCAGUGAAUGCUGAGGACCCUACAUAAAAAAAAAUCCUCAUGAAGUUGACUUUAUUUCAUAUGUUUAUAUUAUGAGAUUUAAUUCAAAUUUUAUUUUAAUGAAGGCAAUUAAUUACGGCAAGGUAAAACAUUUGAAUUUCUUAACUCAUAUAAUUCAUAGCAGUAUAUAUUUUCUUUUGGCUUGCCAGAAGCAAAACCCUACAUAUGCUGUGUUCAGGAGCCACAAGAGUCUUUUAAUCUGUGCCUUCCCCCCUUGCCUCCCUUACGCAUCUAAGAGUCCAUUCUGAGUAAAUCUGUUGAACAGCC